CCUUGAUCCUGGCAUUCAUGACAGAAUUGCUGCUGUUUCGGCGAAUUAAAAUCCCGUAUUGACGCUGAUAGUAAGUCAAUUGACGCUCGUCUCUUUUUUUUUCUGUUUCCUUGACUUGUUAAUUCUCUACCACAUUCUAAUGCAGCCUCAAGACUGGAACACACUUCAGAACGAAAUCCAAGCAAAAUGCAUUACUUAUGAAUAUGCCGAUUCAGGAGAUACCACUCUUGCGCAAUACAUAAUUAAUCUACUCAAGAUCGGAAGCUCUCCUGAUCACGUGAACCAGGAACUUCAACAGUUGGUUGGAUCUGAUUACAACACCGAUCUCACCGGUUGGAUCUUUGCAAGAGCGAAUGAGCUUGAAAAUCCAUCGACUGCAACACAACAACAACAACAAGAAUCAGCGACUCCUGCGAAAAGCUCGAGCGAAGCCGGCAGUCGUCCACGGGGUAACCGUAUUUUUGCUCAAGCUAUUGGCAAUCUCAACGGAUCAACACAGCAUAAUAGCAGAGUCAAUCGUUCACGAUCGCGAUCGCCUGAGCAACAGCGACGAGGUCAAGAACGUGAACGAUCUCCGUACCGUAACGGCCAUGACGAUCGGGGCCGUGGUCAAGGAAUCAAUCAACGGUUAUCAAGUGGACGUCAAGUACAAUUUGUGGAAUCGAAUGGAAAGCAGGAUUCGCGACCAUCUGUGUUUGAUCGACUUGGCACAUCCAGACCAUCAACAGCGACGCAAAAGGCGGAACGAUGCAAAUAUUGGCCAUCAUGCUCACAGGGUGAAAGCUGCGUGUACUUUCAUCCAAAGACCAUCUGCCCCGAUUUCCCUAAAUGCUCCAAGCCAGCAAACGAGUGCAUGUUUAUCCAUCCAGAGGUGUCAGCACCUCAACAGCAGCAGCCACAACUUUCGUUGGCUACACCACAGAUGCCCCAAAUGCCAAUGAAGCGACCCAUCCCUUGCAGAUUCUACCCGUAUUGUACAAACCCCAUGUGUCCAUUUAUGCAUCCUGAACAACCUACUGGCGCCACCGGCGCACCUGGUGCUCCCGUUCCAUCUGGUCCAGUCAAGCGCGUUCCAAUUCCCUGCAAAAUGGGUGAUAAAUGUAAGCGGCCUGGUUGUCAUUUCAUCCACCCUGGGGACGAGGAACAGCAGCCGGUAUCCGAGAUACUUUGUAAAUACGAUGGCGCAUGCACCAGACCAGGAUGCUUUUACAAACACACCGUCCCGCCAAAGUCAUUCUCAGGGGGGAAUCGAUCACUUGUUCUUAAUAAGAAGGAACCUGGAAGUCUGAGCGAAAGACAGUUCUCGGUCGUAGAUGAUGAUGAGGUUGAGCGUGUUGUACUGGGUGAAAGUGCAGAUAUUAUUAAAAAGGAUACAACGACAUCCUCAUCACCGCCAUCCAACGAAAAAAAGGGAGAGGAAUCCAAUGCAAUGGAAAUGUAGAUAACAAAAAGCCAAAUUACAUUUAUACAUAAUUUACGAUCAUUACUAUCACAAGAAGAAAAGAAAAGAAAAAGACAUUAUGCUAGAUUGCUUGUUUUGUUGUAUAUCCACUUCCCUUUUAAAAAUACAUCCAUUCUCAUAAGCAUUUCACAAGAAAAACUGGGUUACU